AUGGUGACGGCAAAAAUAUCAGUUUUGUUAGCAUUGGUAGCACCUUACCUUUGUACAUUUAUUCAUGGUCCAGCAAAGAUGAUAUUGUUAAAGGCUGAAGAUUGCCAGGACGUCCAUAAUUUGACCGUAAAGAGUUCUGUCCGCAUGCACAUGUAUAACAGGACCACGCAAGUGGUAGAUGCAAAUUUCAGUAUACCUUUCGACAUCGACCAUACUAUAGUUUUUAAUAUGAAGUGUUCCCGUCUUGAUAAGAAACAAAAUUCAUUUACUAUCAGCGGUCGUGAUGCUUGUCAUGUGCUGACAAACUUUGUUGGGGAUUUGUGGUUGAAUUGGGAAGAACAUCUGGGCAUCCCACCAUUUUGCCCGAUAAAAAAGGGUUCAUAUUCCGUCAAGAAUUUUUACUUGGAUCUAAGCCUCUUGAAGAUUAAAACGAUAUUUGAAGGGUUCUUUUAUUCCAGGGUAAUAAUGAAGAAAGAUGAGGUGAUGUUUUUCUGCAUGGAUUUUGAAGUAAAGCUGGAGCAAAAAAUAUAA